AUGGCCGACAAGUUCGUAAUGGCCCAUGCUAGAGCCAAGAAGGCCGAGGCACGAGUGAACGACAUAUUUACUAUUAAAAAGUCCCUGGGAAAGGAACUAAGGGACUUCAUCGCUCAGUUCAUCCGAGUGAGAAUGACUCUGCCAAACAUAUCUGAAGGGAUGACAGUCGCAGCCUUUCAGAAUGGGCUGAGUAGAGAUGGUUCAAGAGCAAUUAGAAAACUGUUGAGUCGGUUGAUGAAGUAUUCCCCAACCACUUGGGACAAAAUCCACAAUGCUUACUGUGCCAAGGUCCGUGCAGAUGAGGACGACCUCAACGGACCAACUCACCGUCUAACCUCGAUAGUCUACGCUCUGGAAAAACUCGGACAAAAAAUGAAGUGGCUGCCGAAGAUAAGAUCAGACCUGAACACCAGAAAGUCUGACGCCCUCUAUGAGUUCCAUCAGGAACGAGGACACAAAACUGAAGAUUGCAUCGCCCUAAGGCAAGAAGCCGUAAACAUGUUGCAACAAGGGCACCUCAAAGAGUUACUAAGCAACAGGGGAAGAACCAACUUCGCUAGAGAACGUGACCAAGGACCGCCAAAACCACCCUCGCCAGCUCGUACAAUUAACAUGAUCAUCGGCGGCAGUGAUGACGCGUCUAUCAACAACGUGAAAUUCACCACUACCCAUAAACUCAAGCGAUCUAUCACCCGCGAGUGGUACGACGAACUCGAAGAAAGUAUCAUCUUCGACAAGUCGGAUGCCGACGGUUUGACCUUUCCUCAAAAUGACGCCCUCAUUAUUACUUUACGUAUUUUAGAUACCAAUGUUAAAUGCAUUAUGAUGGAUGACAGGAGCGUCGCAUGCAUUGUCCAUCCCCGAGUGCUUACCCAAAUGAGACUCGAAGAUAAUAUAGUGUUGCGUUGCAUCAUGCUAACUGGUUUUAACAAUGCAGUUGAACGGACAUCCAGGGAAAUUACACUAACUGUUCUGGCCGGCGGCGUAACUCAGGAGAAAUCGUUCCAAAUCAUAGACCAGGCCACCGCAUACAACGCCAUAGUAGGAAGACCAUGGAUACAUCCCAUGAAAGUCGUCCCCUCCAGCCUAUACCAAGAAAUUAAAUACCCAACUCCAUGGGGGAUUUUCAGUAUACAAGGAGAACAACGCACAUCACGAGAAUGCUACAUCAUUUACUUAGACGGCACGACCACCCACCAGAGAAAAGAUAAAGAAAAGAGGGCAUAA